AUGACCUACAGCUUUACGUGCCAUUUGGAUGAGUCGAAAAACCAUCAAUGUGGGAUCCUAGCAUUCGAGAACGUCACUAUAAUGAUGGACCCGGCGUGGAAUGGAAACACUGCGGGAUUUGAGCGGGCAUUGGAGUUCUGGGCACAAUUGGUUUCGCAAACGGAUAUAAUACUGCUUUGCCAUCCAACUCAGGAGUCUUUGGGAGCUUAUGCAGCUCUUUACAUGAACUUUCUUCCUCAUUUCCAAACUAGGAUUGCAGUAUAUGCUACCCUGCCCGUGGCGAACCUGGGACGUGUGUCAACUCUAGAUUUAUACACUUCUCAGGGGAUCACAGGCCCUGUGGCCACCAACCAGCUGGACCUAUCCGAUAUAGAUGAGGCCUUCGACCAUGUUUUAACCGUGAAACACUCGCAAAUUUUGGAUCUCAAAUCAAAAUUCGAAGGACUAACUUUGGUUGCUCAUAAUUCUGGGUACGCACCGGGCGGUUCCAUUUUCUGUAUUACAACUUAUUCAGAUAAAGUCAUCUAUGCACCACGCUGGAAUCACACGAAGGACACAAUUCUUAACAGCGCUGCUGUUUUGGAUAUCACCGGCAAACCAAGUACAUCUCUUAUGAGGCCCUCUACGAUCAUCACCUCGACCACUCGACUGGGGUCACCAUUGCCGUAUCGAAGACGUGCGUCCAAGUUCAAGGAUCUUCUCCGUGAAGUGAUAUCGAGAAACGGCACAGCCCUAAUUCCUACGCAAAUUGGUGGUAAGCUUUUGGACUUACUCGCAUUAGUCAACGAUAUGGUUUACGAGCAACGAAAGUACCGCAACCAAAGUGAUAUUCCAAUAUUUCUUGUGUCAUACUCCAGGGGGAGAACCCUGACAUACGCCAGAAGCAUGCUAGAAUGGCUUUCUUCGUCUGUCGUCAAAAUAUGGGAAAGUAGAAAUAAUAGAUCUCCUUUUGACCUUGGGCCUCGCUUCGCAAUUGUGACGCCAGAAGAGCUGAAGAAAACCUCUGGGCCCAAGAUAUGCUUUGUAUCUGAAGUGGAAAAGCUCAUUGAAGACACCAUAGUGGCAUCAGGUCAAUCGGAAAAGACGACGAUUUUUUUAACUGAACCUUUUUCAGACACAACAGGGUCCAGUUCACUGUUGGCAAGUAUGUACAGUCAGUGGACGAAACUGACCCCCACACAGGACUCUAGGAGUUUGAAUAUCAGACCUAUCGCUUUUAAAGAAACGGUAAGCGUACCUGCGUGCAAACUAGAAACGCUGAAAGCUCAGGAUCUUGAAGCUUUUGAAAGCAAAAUACGAGAACGACGCGAUGAACAUAACGAAUUAUUGAUCAGGUUGAGAAAAGAAUCUGGAGUCGAUGGGGGUUUAGAUGCUUCAGGAGUCCCUGACUUACAUGGAGAUGACGACGACGAUGACGACGAGGACAUACCAGAUUUUAUAACAGCUACUAGCAGAAAGGCAAAUGCUUCAGUAAAGCCGGCGGAAACGCCAAUUGACAUAUUCAUCAACUCUGAAGCUUCCGCCAAGCACAAGAUGUUUCCCUUCCAUCCAACUAAGGUAAAAAGAGAUGAUUACGGCGAUGUCGUUGAUUUCUCCCAGUUUGUCCCCAAGGACCAGCUUAAUGAGUCUGAAAAGAGAUCAUCUACUGAGGUCUAUGACGAAGACGAAGAUCCAUACGAAUUAGAGCCAUCUUCGAAGUCCACAAAGAAGAGACGGGGCGACAACAGCGUGAAGGGCAACAGCAAUAGGAAAGCGGAAAAUUUCGACGAUGUGUCGUAUCUAGAAACUCUGAACAAGCCUUCUCGGAGGAUUGUAACGGCUUCUAACGUCGCGCUUAAAUGUUCAGUAGUUGCCAUCGAUUUGUCGAGUUUGGUAGAUCAGCGGUCGAUGUCUGUGAUUUGGCCCUCUCUGAAGCCUCGAAAUGUUCUGUUACUGGCCCCAAAGGCCGCCCAGAGUACAGUGACUGUAGAUGCACUUAUAGGAAAGGUCUCGGAGGUAACUUGUCUUGAGUUCAAUUCCCCGGCGUCCUUUGAAACUGUUAUCAAGUCCUUAGAUGUGUCAGUGGAUCCAGAACUCGAUCAGCUCCUCAAGUGGCAAAGUAUCAGCGAUGGGUAUACCAUUGCUCAUGUUGUGGGCCGCUUAGUUCGCGACAAUGCGGCACAUGGUGACUCGAAGCAGCCACAUCAUGAUAAAUGGGUAUUAAGACCGCUUUUGAAUGGCCCAAGACUGUACCCUAAAGUGUCAUUAGCUAUAGGAGACGUUAAGCUGGCCGAGCUCAAACGGCGCUUGCUGCAAAAAAAUCACAUCGCAGAGUUCAAGGGCGAAGGAUCUCUGGUGAUAGAUGGAAAAGUGGUUGUGCGCAAAAUUAGCGACGGGGAAACCGUUGUGGACGGGGCACCAUCCCAAAUUUUUUACGAGGUUAAAGCAGCUGUCGCAGAAAUGCUGGCCAAAGUCUGA